AUGAUAAUUUUGGUUGUUCUGGUGAUGAUCCUGUGCAUCUAUUUGGCAUAUUGGAAAGCUUAUGCGAAGCGUUUGGAUCGCGCCACCGCAUCACUGCCCGUUCCACCCUCCUUGCCUGUACUAGGAAAUGCUAUGAUAUUUUUGGGAGACGGUGAAAAACUCGUUAAGAAUCUUGAUGAUAUAGCAGACAUUAGUUAUAAAAAUAAGGGCGCCGUAAAACUAUGGUUUGGUCCAAAGUUAUAUGUGGCUAUUAGCAACGCAGAAGAUGCAAAAGUUGUUUUGGAAAACUGCUUAGAUAAAGACAGGGUUUAUCGUUUUCUAAGACCGUGGCUCGGACAUGGUCUUUUUAUAGCCCCAUUGAAUCUAUGGAAAUCUCAUAGAAAAGUUCUACUGCCCAUAUUUCAUAACAAAGUGAUAGAAGAAUAUUUAAAUGUUAUCGGAGAACGAGCUGAGAUUCUUGUUGAGAGGCUCAGUGAACAAGUUAACAAGGAAUAUUUCGAUGUUUUCCAAUAUGUGACAGCUUGUACUGUAGAUAUUGUUUUUGAAACGUCGAUGGGUGAAGAGAUGGACAUACAGCAUUCAACAGAUUCCCCGUACCUUCGUGCUCGUCAUACUGUUAUGACCAUACUAAAUAUGCGCUUUUUCAAAUUGUGGCUGCAGCCGGAUUGCCUAUUUAAUUUGACACCCUACGCGAAGCAAUUAAGAGAAAAUAUUGCUUACACUCACAAGUUCACGAACGAGGUUGUCCGUAAGAGAAGACUGGAACACGAAAGGAAUAAAUCAAAACCGACUGAACAAUCAGAUGGUAAACUUCGCGUUGUCCUGGAUAUGCUAUUCGACCGCGAGAUAGAGUUCACGGACGAUCAACUCCGGGAACACAUUGAUUCCAUUACCAUUGCUGGAAACGACACCACGGCGCUCGUCAUUGCAUAUACUUUAGUCCUGCUUGGUAUGCACCAGGACGUGCAGGAUAAAGUAUUUCAAGAACAAGAAGCAAUAUUCGGCACGUCAAAACGAAAAGUGAAUAAAGACGAUAUUAACAACAUGAAUUAUUUAGAGCGAGUUAUAAAAGAAAGUAUGCGUUUAUAUUCUGUAGUCCCCCUCGUAGCUCGGAAAAUUGACAAAGAGUUAUAUUUACCUCAUUGUGGAGUAAAGUUGCCGGCUGGAACAAGUGCGGUCAUUGGCGUGUUUGGUAUUCAUCGUUCAAAAGCUGAGUGGGGUCCAAGCGCAGAGGAAUUUGAUCCAGACAGAUUCCUGCCUGAAAGGUCUAACGGACGGCAUCACGCUGCUUAUUUGCCUUUCAGUUAUGGUCUCAGGAAUUGUAUUGGGCGUAACUUCGGCAUGAUUAUAACAAAAACUAUUAUUUCAAAUGUAAUCCGGUCAUACAAAAUAAACGCUACGGGCAUUGGUCCAUUGAAGAUGGAGAUACUCUUAUUCCCCAUCAAUGGACAUCAAAUUCGACUUACAAGGAGAUAG